AAAACUUAUCGAUAGCCUAAUUGAAACGCAAUAGGAAAAAGUGAAAAAAUAAUUUCCGGACAACAAUUUAGUUGAUGCGGUGGGUAGAACGUUGAAUAGCAAGUGAGAUUUCACAAUAGACACUGACUUGGCACAGGAGCUAAGAUUUAUUGCCAGCCAAGGCCAUCGUUAAUAAAAUAAUUGACACAAUAUGUCAGCGGAGGAGCUGGCGCCAAUUAACGAGCAAGAUCUGAAGGACCUGAAGCAGCGAAUGAAGCUCAUAGCUGACGCAGACCCAAAUCAAUAUCAGAAUGAGUUUUCACUGCGGCGUUAUCUGCGCGCCUUUAAGACUACAGAUGACGCAUUCCAAGCCAUAUUGAAGACGAACAAGUGGCGUGAAUCAUAUGGCGUGGCCAAACUGAACGAAAUGGACCGUAGCCACUUGGAGAACAAGGCACGGGUCUUGCGGCAUCGGGAUUGCAUUGGCCGUCCCGUCAUUUAUAUUCCAGCCAAAAAUCAUAGCUCUUCGGCGCGCGACAUUGACGAGUUGACGCGAUUCAUUGUCUACAUUCUGGAGGAGGCAUGCAAAAAGUGCUUCGAGGAGGUCACAGACCGCCUGUGCAUUGUCUUCGAUCUGGCUGAGUUCAGCACAGCGUGCAUGGACUAUCAGCUGGUGCAGAAUCUUAUCUGGCUGCUCGGCAAACACUAUCCGGAGCGAUUGGGCGUUUGCCUAAUCAUAAAUGCACCUGGCAUCUUCUCGACCGUAUGGCCAGCCAUUCGCAUGCUGCUCGAUGACAACACCGCCAAGAAGGUGAAGUUUGUUAACAGUGAGGUGGAUCUAUGUCAAUAUCUAAUUCCGGAUAUACUUCCGACAGAUAUGUAAAGAAAUGGGGAGCAUUGUUAUAAGUAGUUGUAGGCAUACAUAUCUCUAAAUGAGGCACCUUUGACAUUAUACUGCAACUCGAGACAACGUGUACCUAUUAGAAACCAGUACCUAAAUGACUGUAUUUACUAUCUAUGCAGCACGAGGCUUCUGAAAGCUUUUACAUAGUUCGUAUUAUUUACGUGCAUAUAUUGUUUAUAACUGAAUGUCUUUGUCGUGUAGCGUUGUUUAAAUGAGUAAUAUUAUUAUUGGUAUAUGUCUAUAUAUCUAUAUAUGUAUAUGUAUAAUAAAGUUGUAAAAAAAAAAUUGAAUGCGAUUGUUGACUGGGAACCAUGUAGGCCACAAGUUGAUAGAGUGCUCUAUAUUUACUACUCCUUAUCUCAAUAAACAGAAAACGUAUUAAA